AUCACUGUUAGGGAGCAUAUGAUUGUGAGAUUUAAAGGAAAAAAAAGAUUGUAUUAAUCUAUGCAUGAGAGUUUAGAUAUAGAGAAAGAAGUAGUGACAUCCUUGAUUCUGAACCAUAAAUGACAAAAAGUUUGAACCUGGCAGACUUUCCGGGAACAUUUGACUUUGUAGCUUCUACUUACUGCUCUUCCCCUUCACCGGAAUUUGACACUAUUCCUGAACAGUUCGUUCUUUCUGUCACCAAGUUCCGCAAAAGAGUUUAUCAUGGCGCAGACGGAACCGGAAAUCGCCGAUUCACACACUGCCAACUCCCCCUGCAAUAUUGACGCAACCGAGCAUGUGGCAGGAGAAAAUGACGGCAACAGAGAGCAGUCACCCACAAAUGGUAGGGAGUCUAAAGGAGGGUGGAAACCUGCAUUUAUCUUGCUAGCGAAUCAAGCAUUGGCCACACUUGCUUUCUUUGGAGUUGGAGUAAACUUGGUUUUGUUUCUGACUCGAGUCCUUCGCCAAGACGUUGCUGAUGCUGCUAACAAUGUGAGCAAGUGGACCGGAACCGUUUACAUAUUCUCCCUCAUUGGAGCUUUUCUCAGUGAUUCUUACUGGGGCCGAUAUUUAACCUGCUCAAUCUUUCAGAUCAUUUUCAUUGUGGGAUUGGGGAUGUUGUCCCUGACUUCUUGGCGAUUUUUAAUCAAACCAGCUGGUUGUGGCAGUGAAAUAACAAAAUGCAGGGAACCAUCACCAGUGGGUGUUGGCGUAUUCUACUUAUCCAUAUAUCUUGUGGCAUUUGGAUAUGGAGGGCACCAGCCCACCUUGGCAACCUUUGGCGCAGAUCAAUUCGAUGAGAAGAAGAAAAACCAAAAGCAAAAUAGAGAUGCUUACUUCGGUUAUUUUUACUUUGCCCUCAACGUUGGAUGUUUGUUCUCCAACACUGUAUUAGUAUACUUUGAGGAUACAGGGAUGUGGACACUAGGUUUCUUGGUAUCAUUGGGUUCAGCUAUUAUUGCUUUUAUUUUAUACUUGGCAGGAUUUAAAAAAUAUAGAUAUGUGAAGGCAUACGGGAAUCCGGUGAUAAGGGUAGUUCAGGUGUUUGUGUCUGCUUUUAAAAAGUGUAAGGUUCAAGCAGGCAAUGAAGAGCAACUUUAUGAGGUUGAUGGUCCAGAAUCUGCCAUAAAAGGCAGUAGAAAGAUUAUGCACAGCAACGAUUUCAGAUUCAUGGACAAGGCAGCAACGAUAACGGAGAAAGAUAGAAAUGAUCUGAAGAAUCACUGGCGGCUUUGUACUAUAACUCAAGUUGAAGAAGCCAAGUGUGUAAUGAGAAUGCUACCAGUUUGGCUAUGUACUAUAAUUUAUUCGGUUGUGUUUACACAAAUGGCUUCUCUUUUUGUGGAGCAAGGGGAUGUGAUGAACAACAAGGUUGGAAAAUUUCACUUGCCAGCAGCCACCAUGUCAGUGUUUGAUAUCUGCAGUGUCCUUUUAUGCACUGGACUUUACCGCUAUAUCUUAAUUCCUCUGGUUGCAAAACUCUGUGGCUUUCCUAGGGGAAUAACUGAACUUCAAAGAAUGGGAGUUGGUCUAAUUAUAGGAAUGCUGUCUAUGGUUGCAGCUGGUGUGACAGAGUUUGCAAGGCUCAAGCAAGUUAUACCUGGGGAAAAGGCUAGUUCUUUGAGUAUACUCUGGCAAAUCCCACAGUAUGUUCUAGUUGGUGCUUCAGAAGUCUUCAUGUAUGUGGGUCAGUUGGAGUUUUUCAACGGGCAAGCCCCAGAUGGCAUAAAAAGCUUUGGGAGCUCACUUUGCAUGGCAUCAAUUUCCCUUGGAAACUAUGUGAGUAGCAUGCUGGUGUACAUGGUCAUGGCAGUCACUGAAAGAGGUGAGAACCCAGGAUGGAUUCCCAAUAACUUGAACGUGGGGCACAUGGAUAGGUUUUUCUUCCUCCUUGCAAUACUAGCUGCUCUUGAUUUUGUGCUGUAUUUACUCUGUGCUCGCUGGUACAAGAACAUCCAGAUUGAAGAAGAAGGUGACAAGAAAAACCUAGAGGACCGGGAAAAUAUUAGUAUAGUUUGAU